UCUCUCUCUCUCUCUCUCUCUCUUAGUUUGCUGAUACCCUAAUAAUAUCUCAUCCUAUCACUCCUUCCUCUCCAACCUCAACCUUCCCCCCCCCUUGCUGCUCACUGCAUUUGCCCAAUGGACGGGCUUCAUUACCACCUUGGGCCCUCCUUUGCCGGACUCGCCCCCUCAGCGCCCUCACAGCCCCUGGGCUCGGUCCGGGAGAGACUCUCGAACCUGCAGUUCUUCUGCAUGGUCCUCUCCAUCUUUGCCUGGGUCUUUUCCUUCACUGCUGCCUUUGCCGCCAUCCUCAUCAGCCGAGUGCGAUAUGCGGGACACAAGAGAUCUUUGUCCUCCAGAAUGAGCAAGAGGGAGGCCCCUGGAGUGACCAUCAUCCGCCCGCUCCGCGGGAUUGACUGCAACAUGUAUGAGAACCUGGCCUCCAGUUUCCGUCAAGAUUACCCUAAUUUCGAGAUCAUCUUCUCGGUCGCUCAGCCCAACGAUCCUGCCAUUGCGGUCGUCAGAGAUCUUAUGAAGAAGUUCCCCAAGGUCGAUGCCCGAAUCAUCAUUGGUGAAAAGAACGUGGGCAUCAACCCAAAGAUCAACAACAUGAUUCAAUCGUAUGAGACCGCCAAGCACGACAUUGUCUGGGUCUGUGAUUCCAAUGUUUAUGUCGACCCUGGUUGCAUGGGCAGGUCUGUUGAUAAGAUGAUGAAGCCCGGAGUCGGACUCGUCCAUCACCUGCCAUUCGGUGUCCGUCCUCAGACUCUCGGAUCAGAGCUUGAGCUGAUGUUCCUCGAUACGGUCCAUGCCAAGAUGUAUCUCUUUAUCAACUGGACCGGAUUGGCCUCGUGCGUCAUCGGCAAGUCGAAUCUGUACAGGCGCUCGGAUCUGGACAAGGUCGGAGGCAUGGCUGCGUUCGGAAAGUAUAUGGCUGAGGACAACCUUGUUGCGACCGUGAUCUUCAACAUGGGAUACAAACAUGAGAUGACCAGUGACCUCGCCUACCAGUCGUUGGGAUCCAUGACCACCUCGGAUUACUUUUUGCGUCGUGCACGCUGGACCCGCAUCCGCAAGUACACCGUGACGGCUGCAACGGUCGUGGAACCCUUCAUCGAGAUGAUCGGGUGUGGAUUGGUUGCAUCCUACGGUUUCAACCUGCUCUGGAACAUCCAUAUGCUAAACUUCUUGGCCUUCCAUGUCGUCAUCUGGUUCUUGGUCGACCUGUCGAUGUACCAGGCCUUGUCUGGCGAGAAGAUGGAUAACAUCCGUGGAUUCUUGAUGGCCUGGUGUCUGCGUGAAUUGGUUGCGUUGCCUUUGUACGCCUAUGCUGUAGUGGGAUCGACUGUCGAUUGGCGUGAUCAGACUUUUUUGCUUUUGCGUGAUGGAACUGUCAAGGCCCUGCCUGGUUCUCUCACUACCAAGGUCUCCAAGGCUCUCUCGGUUCCCGCACCACCCUCUUCUUCCUCUUCUUCUUCUUCUUCUUCUUCUUCUUCUUUGUCCAACGCUGGAUCCGCUCCACCUUCUCCAACGACCGCCGCAUUCUGGGCCAACACCAUGGUGCCUCAGUCGACUCAGGCUUCUCUCAGGAAGUUCUUCCGCCACCCGGCAGUGAUCUCGAUUGUCCGCAGCACGUUUGCGGUGAUUCAUUUCGUGGUCGACAUUCUGAUCAAGAGUCAGCGCAAUGGCAACCAGGAGGAGGACGAUGAACACUUGGCCAGCCGUACUGCGAGCGAUGACGUUGUCGGCAGCGGUGUGUCCGAGAAAGAAGAGGUCCUGAAGCUACAAAAGGUUCCUCUUCGACACCGUGCAAGCAAGGCGAACAAGAAGUACGGACUUGAGUAUGAUGGGGACGAUAGCAGUGCUUACGAGAGCGAUGUUGCUCUGAGGAGGAGCACGCGCUUGAAGGGAUCGAGCAUGAAACUUCAGCAGCACACGCUGGAGGAAAGCGAGGACGACGACAACGACAACGACAAGGACGACGAUCGUGCGGGGUCGCGCAAGUACUCGAAUACCAAAAGCGAGACGGAGGCGGAGCAUGGCCGUCGAUCGACUGAGGAGGACGAGUUGUCGAAGGCGGUGGAGCCUUAUUUGUCGGACUCGCUUAGCCGUCGGGGCAGGAUCUAUCGAGGUCGAAUCCCGGAGCCCACACAGUUCUUGAGCGUCGUGUCUUGAUCGACUUUGUCCCCUCCCCUCGAAAUUUUUGAGUCUUUGCAGUGUGUUGUGCAGACUAACCCUACCCUACCUACCUAUUCCCCCUCCCAUCUGAUGUGUACCAUAAUCUAUCCUGUAAUUAGCCUUGUCUUAACACGCCUUUAAUCCUCUUCCCCCCCCCCCCCCCCCCCC